GAUGAAUGAAUACACCUCAUCCAUUGGAAUUGGAGUUUUCCAUUCAGGAAUUGAAGUAUAUGGCAGAGAAUUUGCUUAUGGUGGCCAUCCUUACCCCUUUUCUGGGAUAUUUGAGAUUUCUCCAGGAAAUGCUUCUGAACUAGGAGAAACAUUUAAAUUUAAAGAAGCUGUUGUUUUAGGGAGCACUGAUUUUCUGGAAGAUGAUGUAGAAAAAAUUGUGGAAGAAUUGGGAAAAGAAUACAAAGGCAAUGCCUAUCACUUGAUGCAUAAAAACUGCAAUCACUUUUCUUCAGCUUUAUCAGAGGUAAUUACAUUUUCAUGCCUAAUAAUUCUUGAAAUAAAUAACAUUUACAAGUGUGGUUGCACUGGUAGCAUCAGGGCCACAGAGAGUGAAGGAAGUGGGGGGAAGGACGAGACACUGCUCGGGAGCCCUGUGCAGUGGCGCGAGCUGCCCGACCCUCCUAGCCUGCCUCGGGCACCCCCAAGACAGCAGGCGCGGCAGGCCAGCGCUUCCCGAAGCAGGCUUUGA